AUGUUGUUGACUGCAAAAAUACUUGUUUUCACUCUGAGUGGUUUCCUAAGAGUGGCCACAGGCUUUGACAUUGGAUUAUCCACCAAAUGUGUAGUGAUACCCAAGGAGAUGGACAUGUGCCACGAGAUUGGAUACUCCGAAAUGAGGCUUCCCAACCUGAUGGGACACACAAGCAUGGCGGAGGUCGUCCUAAAAUCCACCACCUGGCAGCACCUGGUGCACACGGAUUGUCACCCUCAUGUGAGGAUGUUCCUGUGCUCUCUGUUUGCCCCCAUCUGCCUGGACACGUUCAUCCUCCCCUGUAGGAGUAUGUGUGUUGGUGUUCGGGACAGCUGUGCUCCUGUGCUCGCCUGCCAUGGGCACGCCUGGCCAGAAAGCCUGGACUGCAGUCGGUUCCCUGCAGACGAGGACAUGUGUCUGGCAUCGCUUACAAAGGAAUAUAAAUAUUUGCACAAAGUCCUACCAAAGCCUGCAUGCCAGACCUGCCCAGCAGUGGAGGAACUCUUUACACACAAAAGAGUUCUUGAAGUUUUCUGUGACAGUAAUUUUGCAGUGAAAGUAAAGCUGUCCAAAAAAAGAGCAGUAAUUGGCGACCAAGAGUACAACAUUGAGUGCCACGUGGAAUUCAUUACCCAGGGCUCACUCUUGCCUUAUGAAACUCAGCACAUGAUACAGCAAUGGCUGCUUAUCAAUGAAAAUUGUACACAGAGGAUGACUCAAAGCCAUCGUCCUAUGGUGUAUCUCCUUGUAGGGAAGAUUGAGGAGGGUAUCAUUUUAGUUAAUCAGAUUUACCACUGGCAGAGAAGGGACUCCCAGCUGACUUUGGCCACUCGGAAAUGGAGGUACCAUAAAUGCUUGUAA